AUGGGUGCUUAUGCAGUGUCGAAUACCGUGGCGGAAAUUUCUGUACUUACGUUGCCUCACGAUAAGUCAUCGCUUAUGAUGCCUUCUAAUCUUGCCCUUGGUUUCGCCGUUUCUGGCACACCGUGGCAUUUAAUUUCCCAUCUGUUUCCGGAUAAAAUUGGUGGCCGACCAGCGUGGCUUGCGCUUUCACAUUUACCAUCUCCAAGUGAACUGGCUUGUCCAGUGUGUUCAAAUCCCAUGUGCUUCGUCUUACAAUUAUAUUCACCACUUUCUGAAAAGGCAGACUGUUUCCAUCGAAUGUUGUUCUUAUUUAUGUGCCGCAAAGGUGAAUGUCAUCAUGAGGCGGAUCAAACACCGUUCUUUGUAUUUCGCUCUCAGUUACCGAGAAAAAACUGCUACUACAGCUUUGAACCACCAGAAAAUGAAUAUCCUAAUUUUGAAACUGUGAAAUCCCUGAUGGAAUCCAAUUGUCUUCCAUGUGCUGCUAAAUAUUGUUCUCUUUGCCCGGUCUGUGGAUGCAAAGCAGACAAAAUGUGUUCGAAGUGUAAGAAUACUUUCUAUUGUUCAAAAGUUCAUCAGGUUUUAGAUUGGAAGCGGCAUAAGUCUGAGUGUGGAACGAAUCAGGAAGCCAUCAAGUUAUCAUUUGAGGAAAACAGCUUUUUGCUCCCUGAGUAUCGUCUAUGUUCUGAACCUGCAGAUGAUGAUAAUGAUAGUGAUGAUUCUGACGAUCAAGAGGAGAGUGGCAGUGAGAUCUCUGAAUCAGAACCAACAAAGUAAAGCAGUUAGAAUUAAGCUUUCUUUGUAUUCUCUAUUUGUUUCUAUUGACAAUACUUAAAGGCUUGAAGUUUAGUUUACCUAUUAGUUUGGAUAUAUCACCAAGAUAUAUUUGGCAAACUUGGCGAAAUUUGUUCGGAAGUGGUGCACAGAAAAGAAGGUCGGUGAACUUGCGUCAUCAUACUUUCAUUGGACACGUUUAGUCUUUUUCUGGAUCAUGUCCUGAAGCAGUUAUAUAACCAUGUUGUUUUGUAGUCACUUGUCGAUGCUUUCAUCGUUUUGUUUGUUUUAGUCUCUAUUUCUUACUUACAAUACGUUUUGUAUUCUAAGUAGCUUUCCUUAUUAUUUGUAAUUUAUUUUACGUUACUUUUGUAAUGUUCUCAUGCUGAAAUAAUUGGGGACAGACGUUAGGAAGAAAAAGCUUACCAACAUUUGUUUUGCCUUCAAUCAUGAGCAUGAAAACGGAGGGCCUGAGAAUUGUUUGCAAAGUGUAUAUAAGUUACAGUUAUACAAAAGUCUGAAAAGUUUAAUUUCCAAGUAUUGUAGAAACAGCACUGGGAUACUUAAAUCUGAGUGGUUAGAGUGAAAAUAGAUUUAUGAAAUAGCAGUCACAUACUAGUUUGAUCCCCAAGAUUAAUGAUUGAAGUAUCCUGAUCAGUUACAACUCUAGAAGCUCUUGAUGAUUAAACCAGGUCGGUUUAAACCUAUCAACCAUCACGUUAUCACCGAAUUAUUGUAUUAGAUUCUGAAGUCUAGUGCUGUUUGCGAAACCCUGGAAACAAAUUAAAACUACUCAUAUUUCAACUACUUUUUCUUCUUAAGUGACGAUGAAACAAAAGCUCUUGAGGCCAUAGCAAAAAAAGAAACUAAAGAAGAAACGAGAUUUCGAAAGUUCAAAGAAUCGAUGAAAUCAGCACCAGACCAGGUGGGUUGUACAUGCGCAUCCUUUUCUCAUAACUUAUGUAUCAAGUGUAUACCUGUCCCACUCCGUUAACUUCCGCAUGCUAGUAUGCUCAUUUUCAUAUUGCAUGUAUUUAUGUUCACCUUUC